AUGGUGAACACGACAAAGCCACAACCACAGCCGCUCUCGGCGUUCCGAGUCAACUAUGCCGGUACAUCAAAAUCGAAAGCACAAGACUUGCCAGAUCCUAUCGGCUUUACAGACCCAGAUGCUGUCAGCAAGAAGCAGUCCAAGGCGAAAGCGUCGGCAGCGUCGGCCGCGGCUGCCCAGCGCGCUGAUCCAGCCGCACUCAAAAUGGCCAAAGCGUGGGAGCUGGCCUAUUCGCCCGCCAAGUCGCUGCCGAUGAACGCCAUCAUGCUGUACAUGUCCGGAUCGGGCGUGCAGAUCUUCAGCAUGAUGGCGGUCGGCAUGCUCAUCACCGGCCCGCUCAGAGGCAUCGCCUCUAUGAACAGCUCCUUCGAUCGACUUUCUUCGCCGGGACAGAGCCUGCUGCUGCCCAAGUUGCUGUUCGUCUUGUGUCAGCUGGCAGGUAUCGCGGUGGGAUUGUACAAGUGCUGGAGCAUGGGCCUGUUGCCCACCGAGACGAGCGACUGGCUGGCUUGGAGGCAGCCACGGACGCCUUUGGAGUUUUCGCCGAUCCACUAG